GUCAACUUCAGUUAAUUCUUUUGAAAGUAGCUUUAUUGUUAGGAGUAGAAGUACAUGAAAAUGUUACUUUUAAGAGUCUCCUACAACCAACGGAGGAUGAUUCACCAUAUGGAAGUCAUAUUUAACUUCUGGCAAAUCUUAGGAUUUUUGAUGCCAUGUUUGCUGUAACUUUGGAUGCAGUAACCAUGAAUAUUAGGGGCAAAAGUUCCUCAACUACAAUAGCUUCCAGUCCUGAAAAUGUGAUGGCCUCUGAAAUUUUUGAUCAGUUUGUGUCUGCAGGAACAUUUAAAUCGGUAUUAUCUACUUAUCGACAGUUGUGUGAAGUUCUUCGUUUAAAGCCAACAAAUUUUCCAAACUUUUAUCCUAAGUUAAAAGCAAAGCUUCAUUCUUGGAAAGCUGCAUCAUUGUGGGCUAAAUUAGAUAAGAGAGCAAGCCAUAAAUGUUACAAUCGUGGAAAAGCUUGUACUAAUACACGGGUGUUAAUAAUAGGAGCUGGCCCUUGUGGAUUACGGACAGCUAUUGAAUCUCAGUUGUUAGGUGCCAAAGUAGUAGUAGUGGAAAAACGUGAUCGUUUCUCUCGUAAUAAUGUCCUUCAUCUUUGGCCAUUUGUUAUACAUGAUCUCCGGAAUCUUGGUGCUAAGAAAUUCUUUGGCAAAUUUUGUGCUGGUUCUAUCGAUCAUAUCAGUAUACGUCAACUUCAGUUAAUUCUUUUGAAAGUAGCUUUAUUGUUAGGAGUAGAAGUACAUGAAAAUGUUACUUUUAAGAGUCUCCUACAACCAACGGAGGAUGAUUCACCAUAUGAAAGAGUGGGAUGGCAUGCAGAAAUUUCACCAUCAGAUCAUCCUGUAUCUCAGUAUGAGUUUGAUGUAUUAAUAGGUGCUGAUGGAAAAAGAAAUACAUUAUUAGGUUUUAAUAGGAAAGAAUUUCGUGGAAAAUUAGCAAUUGCUAUUACUGCAAAUUUUAUCAAUAGACACAGCUUAGAAGAAGCCCAAGUUUUAGAAAUUAGUGGUGUUGCUUUCAUAUUUAAUCAGAAAUUUUUUCAAGAUAUGAAAGAAGAAACAGGAAUAGAUUUGGAGAAUGUGGUCUAUUAUAAAGAUGAUACACACUAUUUUGUAAUGACAGCAAAAAAACAAAGUUUAUUAGACAGAGGUGUAAUAUUAAAAGAUUAUAAUGAUACUGCUAGACUAUUAGCAUCAGAAAAUAUUGACAGAGAAGCUCUGAUGGAUUAUGCUAGAGAUGCAGCUAAUUUCAGUACAAAUAAUCAACUUCCUAGUACAGACUUUGCAGUAAAUCAUUAUGGCCAGGCUGAUGUUGCAAUGUUUGAUUUUACUUCAAUGUAUGCUGCAGAAAAUGCAAGUCGCAUUAUUGAAAGGAAAGGUUAUAAAUUAUUGCAAGGACUUGUUGGGGAUAGUUUACUAGAGCCUUUUUGGCCAACAGGAUCUGGUUGUGCAAGAGGUUUCUUAAGUGCAUUAGAUGCUGCUUGGAUGAUCAGGAGCUGGGCUUCUGGUAAAAUGACACCAUUACAAGUCUUAGCAGAAAGAGAGAGUAUUUAUAGAUUACUAGCACAAACCACUCCUGAAAACUUAAAUAAAAAUUUCAACCAAAAUACACUUAAUCCUUCAACUCGUUAUCCUAACCUAGUAACACAUGCAAUUUUACCUGCUCAAUUAAGACCUCUGUAUGAUACAGAUAAAGAAAUCAAAGAUGAAUUGCCAGAUAUUAUACAGGACGUUCCAAAGAAACGAAAAAGGAGAGAUUAUGCUAUCCAUCCAGAUGCCCUUUUAGUAUGGUGUCAGAAACAAGUUGCAUUAUAUGAUGAUAUCAAAAUAAUUGAUAUGACUUCUUCAUGGAAAAAUGGAAUGGCACUCUGUGCUAUCAUUCAUAGAUACAGACCAGAUCUUAUUGAUUUGCGUGCCUUGAAUCCUGAAGAUAUAUCAAAGAAUAAUCAAUUGGCAUUUGAUAUAUGUGAAAGAGAAUAUGGAAUACCACCUGUGAUGACUGGUCAAGAAAUGAGUGAAUGUAAUAUUCCUGAUAAGUUGACUAUGGUUUCUUAUAUUUCUCAAAUAUAUGAAAUAUUUCGUGGGGAAAUACCUUAUACAGUCCGUCCAAUUAAGCCAUUGGUUGGGGAAGACAUUUCAGGAGGAAAUCAGCAUCAGUCCUCAUUAUCUAUUUUCAGCAAGCUUAGUCAAAAAUUUCAGGUUAAAAGAGGAUAUUCUUUGGAAAGAGAAUCAAAAGAUAAAGAAAAAACUGACACACUCAAGCGAAGCAAAACUACUAAUACUUUAAGUAACAAGAGAAAAUCAAAAGAGAGAGAUAAAGGAAUUGCUUUGGAAAUAGAACCACAAGAUGUAGCAUUAAAAUCAUUCAAAAAAUUAACAGGAACAUCAGAGAAGGCAUCAUUUAAUACUCGUGUACGUGAUUUAGAAGAGAAAAUGAGAAAAGAUGCAGGAUUAAGAUCUCACCAUGGUAGUGGUGAUAGCAGUAGUGAAGUUUCAAGUGCACAGAAUAAAACUGGAAAAAGAGCCACUAAUCAUAACAUAAAGUUGCUAGAACAACAGUUGAGAAAAGAAUCUAUUAAAACUUUAAAAAGUGAUGUUCCUAAAGUUGGUAAACUUAGUGCAGAUGACUGGAAUAUCAAACAGUUAGAACAAACAACACGCCAAAGUAAAAUUACACCAAAGAUAACAAAUAGUGAAGCUAAAAGUAUAUCUCAAGAUAUUUUUAAUAAUAAGCUUAAAGAAAUAGAUAAAAAACUUAGCGGUGAAAUUCCAAAUCAAGAAACUGCUUUAAAAUUUAAGAAAAUUGAUGCAAGUUUACAAAAUAUCAACCAUAAACUCAAAACAGGUUAUUUAGAUACUGGUGAUAAGAGAGUAACAGCAUUAACUGAACUGAUAAGCAAUCAGAACAAUGACAGUCCUAAGAAACUCCAUACACAAGAUAAAACUACUACUGAUUCUACACCUUCCCUGCAGAAGACAAAUAUUGGAACUGUUGGUGGAAGUGAAAUAUGUUACUUUUGUCAGAAACGAGUUUAUAUCAUGGAACGUCUUAGUGCUGAAGGUUUAUUUUUUCAUCGUAGUUGUUUAAAAUGCGAAUAUUGUGGAGUAAGUUUGCGGUUAGGAAAUUAUGCUUUUGACAGAACGGCAUUAUGUGGAGGAAAAUUUUAUUGCAAACCACAUUUUAGAAUGCAAAAACCAGAUAGCAGAUGGCAAGAAAUGAUGAAAAGAAAACAAGCAUUUUUAUCAGGUGGACCUGAUGCAAAAGAAAUCUUUUCUACAAUUGCUGCUAAUGCUCUUGCAAAAACUGUUCCAUCUCCUGAAAAGCCUGCCAAAGAAGAAAAUGCUGAUGAAAUUGAUACUACAGAAAAUCAUAAACCAGAAAUAAGUAUAGAAGAAACUCCUUCACCAUCUCUCCUUCCUCCACCUGUUGUAAGUGUAUCUUUAAGAGAUCAAACACCUGAACGUGUUGAAUAUGAAAAUAGUUUAAUUGAACUAUCAGAAGAGGAACUUUUAACAAGUGAAUUGGAAGAAGAAGAACUUACACAAAAAAAUCUUGGAGUUGGUCAUGAAUUAGAAACAAGCGAUGAUGAAUUUUCAGAUUUGAGUACUGACACAGAAUCUGAAGAGGAAGCAUUUGCUGAAGAACUAGAACGUUCCAUGACUGCUGAUGAGACUAGACGAUUAGCUGAAACUUGGCAACAACGCUAUUCUCAAGAAGGUGGAUUUUUAGACAAAAGUAAAUCAUCAUCAUCAUCAUCAUCUUCAUCACCAUCCGAAGGUUCAGAAACAGAAAUUGGAAGUGAUGACACAAGUGAGGAUAUUGAUAGUGAUGAAGAAUAUAGUUUUGAUGACAGUGCAGAAGAUGAUGACAGGGAAGCUGAGACACCUAUUGAAUCCAAAGAAGUUGUUGUUCAAGUACCAGUUAUUGAUUUGAAAAAUUGGAAAGGCCAAACAGAAGAUUCUUCUACAGAAGUUGAUACAAGUGACAUUACUGAUACAGAUUUAUCAAAAGAAGGUACUGACACAGAAACUGAAUCAGAUUCUGAUUCAGAACUAAAUAAACCAGCACCUCCACAACAGAUUCCAACAAUUGUCAUUGAAGAAUCUCCACCUCAAGAAGAGAGUGAAUUAGUAUGGGGAGAGGUAGCUAUUGAGGAAAAUAUUACUACUGUUAAAGAUGAUAAUUACAGCAAUAUAAUAGCAAAAGAUAAUAUAAACACAUUAUCCAAUCAAACAAAUCAAGAAUCUGUAUUAAUAUCUGAUGAAGAUGCAUCUCUUAUAGUAAAUAUAGGAGAUGCGGAACAAAUACUAUCAUCACCAUCUAGUACAGAUCGUUCUUCUCACAGAGAAUCUCCUUGUAAAGAUAAAAUAAUCAUGUCUGAUAAUCUAGUCGAAACAUUCGAAACUCUAGUCAAAACAUCUGUACAAUCAUCUGAAGUUGCAAAUCCUCCAGAUUCAGAACUUUAUCAUUUUGAAAAAGAAGUUAAAGAAAUAGAAAAAUCACUAUCACAAGAAGAUCUAAAUUUGAAAGAAAUAGCAUUAGAAAUAGUUGAAAACAUAGUAAGUGAGGCAAAAGAUAUUUUGAAUACAUCCAAAUAUAUUCAAACAGUUGUACCAAGUGAAAACAAAAAUAUAAUUUCAGAAAAAAUGAGUUCAGAAUUCGUAUUACCUUUAAAUAUUCCAGUUCAAACCAUAAAUUCUGAUAGAUAUAAAAUAGAUGAAAAUGAAAAGCCUACAGAUACAAAUGAAUUGAAAAAAGUGCCUUCUGAAAAAAUUAAAACUAAUGAAUCUGAUUCAGAACAAAUUCCACUAUUAUCCCCAUUAACAUUACCAUUACAGAAUGAAAAUGAUCUCAAUAAUUUAACUCUUGAGAUUAUGAAUACUCCAUCAGAUAGCAGUACCAGUAAUAGAACAAUCAGUAGUGAAAGUUAUAGUUCUGAUUUAUAUUCACAUAGUGAGCAAGUUGUAAAAGUAGGAACACCUGAUUUUGUAAAACUUGUGUCAUCAGAUGAUAGUGAAAUAAGUCCAGAAGAAAAACAAAUGAAAGAAGUCACAGAUAUUAUAACAGAUAAUAGAAUUCCAGAAGAAAAUUCAAAUGUUGAUUUUAAUUAUAAUCCAUCUUUUAUAACUCUUAGAGAUAAGACAAAAAGAAAAAAUGAUAGUGAAGAUAUUUACUCUUGGGAUAGUGAUAACAGUGAUUUACCUUUACCAUGGUAUGUUAAUAGUUUAGAAGAAGCUGGCUCAGAUAAUUUAUCUCAGAUUCAGGGUGUUUAUAGAGCAGAUGUAAUACAAUGUGUUGAUAACACAAGCAAUGCAGAUGAUGAUUACAAUCAAGAUUAUAAUUCAUCUACAGUAAUAAAUGAAGUACAAACUACGGAAGAAAAGUUACAAAAUAUUGAACCCAACAUUGCACCAACAAACUUUAAAGAAACUGAACAGAGUAAAAUAAUUGAUAAAGAAAAAAUAUUAUCAAAUUCUACAGAAAAGUUUGGAAAAUUUCAUGGGUAUAGUGGAAGCUUUGCAGAAAAAAUUCGUCCUAAAAGUUUUGUUGGAGAUUCUAUAUAUUUAAAAUCUUUAAAUAUUAAUUUACAAAAAUUAGACUUUCCAUCUGUUACAAGAAGUUUGGAAAAACUGAAUAUUAAUCAAAAAUGUAAUUUAUCUGAAACUUCUUUAGAAGAUGAUAAAAUGUUGAAAAAUAGAAAUUCUAAUGAAAAUUAUUUUUCAUCUGAAAGUAAAUCUAGUGAUAAUUUAGUUAUUGAAAAUGAUAAAUCUGUAACACCUGUUAUGGUAAGAUUUGCAAGUUCCACACCAAUUAACAAUUUAAAAAAUGAUUCUGAAGAUUUGAUUACAGUAACUAAUUCAGACCAACAAAAACAAGAUAGUGGGAAAAAUAAACAGAAUUGGAGGAUACCAAAUUAUACAGCUGAAUCUGUACAGGCUGUACAUUCCAGAGUAAAGGACCAAAAUAAAUCAACACUUCAAAAGAGAUUUAGGAAAAGUAUUCAUGAAGAUAUUGAAGGGGUACCAUUUGCUGAUGAUAAGGAGAAUUCUGAUAUAGCUUCAAUUAGAUCUGCUACACCACCUGAAUUUUUUACGCCAGUUGAUACAUCUAAAGGUAUUCGUGAACAAUGCACAGCAGAUUUAGAGAAAGCAAGGAAGGAAGCAAGAGAACGUGCCAGAUUAAAAAGUGAUGAAGAACUUGGUUUAAGUCCAUAUAAUUAUAGAAAACGAUAUCAUAAGCACCCUCCUUCAAUUAAUUCUUUUCAAUAUGAAGAAUUAUUACAGGAUAAUAUUCUUGAUAGUGAUGAUGAUGAUGGAGAAGAUGAUUAUUUUGAAGAAACUCAACAUGAACCAACUAUAUCAUUCCAUACUGAAGGUGAUACUCUUAAAUCUUUGUCUGUUGUUAAUUCAAAGGACAAUGGAAUCACUAACUUAAAAAUUAGUCCAAUGUCUUCAUCAGAAGAAGGAACUGGCAGCAAUCCUUCACAAACUAACAGUAGUUCAAUAGUAUGUGAUGAUAUUUUAAGUCCAUCAGUUGAUACAGUAUCAUCAGAUAAAAAUACAACCACUGCAUCAUCGACAUCAAGAACAGAUGCAGCUAAUUACUUAGAGUCUUCCCUUUCUAUUGAUGAAAUUGAUAUUAAACUUUCACCAGAAUAUGUUACUAAAACGUAUGAAAUGCAAAAGUCUCCUCCAGUUUUGCAAAAUUCUUCAGAAACUAGUCCAGAAAUACUAGAUAAUUCUCUGAAUGAAACAAAAAAAAUUAAAUAUAAGCAGAAAUUAUUCAGUCCUGGAGAUGUAGAUGAAAGAGGCAAAAAUGGUGCAAAAAAAUCAUUAUUUUCCUUACUUAAUUUUACUAAAAAUGGAAAUAACAAAGACAAAAGCAAAAUUAAGUCCAAAGAUAAUUCCAAAGAAACGUCAUCACUCAUUACAGACUACUCCAAGACACCACCCAAAUUAAGAUCAUUUCCACAUUUGAAACUACCACGUUCCAAAGAAAGAAAUAGGGAAAAACAAAGAAAAAAAUAUCAGGCAUUGGAUAAAGUUGAAAAUGAAGCAUUUCCCAACCUAUUUGUCUUUCCUUCAGUUUCAAUAAGCAGUCAACAUGCCAAAUCUAACAAAUUGGAAAAUGUGAGAAAGUCUUUGGAGAAGCUGACUAUGAAAUCAUCACCAGCCAUAAAUCAGCCCAUUAAUCUGUUAAAAGUAGAAAAUGGAGUAGCACCAAAGGCAUCUGGUAAUUUCUGUUAAAUUAUUUGAACUUUU